AUUAUUGUUGAAACAUUUCUUAUUAAAACGCGUGAUUUAUUUAUUUUUUAUUUCGACAAAUAAAAAAUUAGUAAAAUCAUGAUCGCGUUUUAAGUUAAAAAUGGCUUUCAAUUACAAUAUGUCACUACGCAUACUUUUCCAUUCAUAAUUUGGUAAUUCGACGAAAAAGAAGUAGUUCGAGUACAUUUCGAAAAAAAAAGGAUAACAACCUAUGAACUCUUUUUAACGCAAAGUGCCUUCUCGUUAAUAAUCGUGUUAAAAAGUGAUAGCCGAAAUUUUCGGAAUUUCAGUGAUUUCUGCUGAUUAUCUGUGAUAUUUUUACAUACACAACUAACUUAUAGUGACCCUGUGCGUGUGCAGUUUUCAAAAUACAAGAUCCACAAACACAUGACAAUAGACGAAUUAAGAAGCACAUUUCAUGUAGAAGAUCACGAUUUAGUUCCUGAAUACGAAAUAAUACAUUUACAUCACAUAGGAGAGAGAAGUAUAGAAAAUAAUCCUAGUAUUAACACGUUAGAAAAUUCAAUACAAGGUGAAACAAACUCGAAGUUUACAAAAACGAAGGACCAAGAAAAAUUUUUCGAAAAAUUUCCACACAAAGAAGCUAAUAUUAGAUUAAAAGCUUUCGGGAAACAUUUAAAUUUAAGUUUAACGAAGAACUCCGGCCUUCUAAAAACUGGCGGAUUGAAACUAUGGUCCGUCGAACCAAAUGCAACCGCCCAACAUGGAAUAGAAUAUGUGGAAAUUCCAGAGACUGAGGAAGAAAUCGGAGAUGUAUUCCAAGACGAACAAAACGAGGCAGCGUUUCUUAUUAGAAGAGAUAACCAAACUGGUGCGUUAGUGGUGGAAGGAAGCAUAGGUUCAGAUCUAAUAAUUAGACCAAUGCCCAUCCGACUUCAUCCGUUGACAAACCCAAAUAAUGUAGACACAGACGAGGAAUUAAAUCACACAACCGAGAAGGCCACAACAACUAUUUUACCUCAAUCCGAAAGAGACGAUGACGACGAAAUGUUCUUAGAUGAAGAUGGAGAGCUUAGUUCUGAAGUUGCCAUUGACACCGGACUGCCAAUUAGACGAAACAUACAGAACAAACAAUCGCAAGGCCACCAACACAUUGUUUACAGAAGGAAGGGGCCAGCAGAAGAGACAUUAAGUGACUACGCUUUUAUGGAACCUGAUCACCUAGCAAAACGAUAUAGGAGAAACGCACAGAAUACCACAUCGAAUAGGAGCAAACGUGAAGCUCCAUACAUCAUUUAUCCAGAAAUUUUAGUAAUUGUCGAUUAUGAUGGAUAUAGACUGCACGGUGGAGAUAACGUUCAAAUUAAACGAUAUUUUAUAUCAUUUUGGAAUGGGGUAGAUUUAAGAUAUAAGUUACUGAAAGGUCCCAGAGUUCGUAUAUCCAUCGCCGGAAUAAUUAUUAGCCGAGGAAGAGAUGCGACGCCAUACUUGGAAAGAAACAGGGUUGGGCGAGACGCAAUUGAUUCCGCUGCUGCUUUAACGGAUAUGGGGAAGUAUCUUUUCCGAGAACGAAGACUGCCCGUCUAUGAUAUAGCUGUGGCGAUAACCAAACUAGACAUGUGCAGAAGACAAUAUACUGGAGAUGUGUGCAAUCGUGGCACGGCAGGAUUCGCCUAUGUGGGAGGCGCUUGCGUCGUCAACAAGCGGCUGGAGAAGGUGAACUCGGUUGCCAUCAUCGAAGAUACAGGUGGAUUCAGUGGAAUUAUUGUAGCUGCACAUGAAGUUGGUCAUUUAUUAGGUGCAGUACACGACGGAAGUCCACCCCCUUCUUACUUGGGAGGACCAGGAGCGGAAAAAUGCCAAUGGACAGACGGAUACAUCAUGUCAGAUCUUCGACACACCGAUCGAGGUUUUCGAUGGUCAUCGUGCAGUAUUUCGAGCUUCCAUCACUUUUUAAACGGUGACACGGCAACGUGUUUGUUCAACGCGCCGCAUGAGGAUGACGGUUUGCCAAGAGUUUUACCUGGGAAGCUGUUGAGCCUAGAUGCGCAAUGCCGAAGAGACCGUGGAACGAGCGCUUGCUUUAAAGAUGAUCGGGUAUGCGCUCAGCUUUUCUGUUUUGAUUCCGGCAGUGGAUACUGCGUAGCUUAUCGACCGGCAGCAGAAGGAUCGCCUUGUGGAGAUGGACAGUACUGCUUAAAUGGAAGAUGUGUAGUUGAACACGAAAACAUCAUUCCGGAUUACUCCCAAAACACACCGUCGUACUUACGAAGAGAUCAAAUACAAGGAAGACCUUUGUUCCAUGAGGAAGAUGAAGACCUUGGAGAAACUGUACCUCCAGACAAUCACAUACAAACCACACCGCCACCAUAUCCACAUCAAUAUCAAUAUGAAAGUCCAGAAACGACACAAACCCCAUACGUCACAAGUCCCAAAACAUAUACCACAUCAAAGCCAUUCUUCUUUUCAUUUUCAACCUCCAAACCGCAGACGCACUUUUCGAAAUAUUUCCAUACGACUAAAUCGAUCACGUCUCGUACUUACAGUCACCAAACGAACGGCAUUUCGACCACCCACAAUCCGUACGUAGGCAAAUUUUACGAACUACAAAAGCAAACGACAAUAAAUCCGUACGACUUUGCAAACUUCGCAAAGCGAUAUCAAGACAUUAAUAACAAUUAUCUGAAGAGGUCCUACAAUGUGGCCAGUUAUUACGAUAGUAGUAAUGUACAAAAUACACAAACAAAUCCCCAAAAUGGAAUCCAAAUAGGUGUGACGAGCUAGAAGACGCUAAAUUCGAAUUACAAAAACUUUUAAAAACCUCGUGAACAAGUGUGAACUAUUUUUAAACUGUUAAUUUAUGAAUUAGAAUUUCUAAGUAAAUUUUAAUUAUUUCUAUUUAAAACUUUCGCGAGGUACAGCAUUGAACAGACUGCUCUUCAGUGACAAAAGAGACUUCAUAUUAAUCGAGUAGGUAUGUGACUGUGGAACUCUACAAUACAUUAAUGGAAUGCCGCUACAGUCUAAGAGUUAACUUGUAUACUCUAAAAUACGUAGUGAACCAAUGUGCAAUUUAAAUUUAUAUUUGAAACUUGGAAGAAUAUUAUGUAUUUUUUAGUAAUGUAUUGUACCGUUAUUUUGAAUUUAAGCUUUUAUAUAAACUAAUAUUUAGUUGUAAAAAUUGUGA